GCCAUCGUCACCCUGGCCAUUCAGUACCGCAGAGAUCCCUCUCACAGCACAUGCCUGACAGAAGCCUGCAUCCGGGUGGCCAGCAAGAUUCUGGAGGCCCUGGAUACAGAGAUGGACCCAUGCCAGGACUUCUAUCAGUACUCAUGUGGUGGCUGGAUCAAGCGGAACCCACUGCCCAAUGGGCGCUCCAAGUGGAGCACCUUCAACAGCAUCUGGGACCAGAACCAGGCCAUCAUGAAGCAUCUCCUAGAGAACUCCACCUUCAACUCCAGCAGUGAGGCGGAGCGGAAGACACAGCGUUACUACCUGUCCUGCCUCAAGGAGCAGAGGAUAGAGGAGCUGGGCUCCCAGCCCCUCAUGGAGCUCAUUGACAAGAUUGGAGGGUGGAACAUCACCGGCUCCUGGAAUCAAACCAGCUUCAUGGAGGUACUCAAGAGUGUGUCAGGCACAUACCGGGCGGCCCCCUUCUUCUCGGUGUAUGUGGGUGCAGACUCCAAAAGCUCCAACAGCAACAUCAUCCAGGUGGACCAGUCAGGCCUUUUCCUCCCAUCCCGGGACUACUAUCUGAACAAGACUGCCAACGAGAAGGUUCUGGCAGCAUACCUGGACUACAUGGUGGAGCUGGGCACACUGCUGGGGGGCUCCCCAGAACCUACCCGCCUCCAGAUGCAGCAGGUGCUGGACUUUGAAACCCAGCUAGCCAACAUCACCGUGCCCCAGGCCGAGCGGAGGGAUGAUGAGAAGAUCUACCACAAGAUGAGCAUCGCUGAGCUGCAGGUGCUGGCCCCUGCCAUUGACUGGCUGGAUUACCUGUCCUAUGCCCUGGCCCCACUGGAGCUAAUGGACACAGAGCCUGUGGUGGUGUACGGGGACACUUACCUCCAGCAGGUCUCCGACCUCAUUAACAGCACUGACAGGAGCAUCCUGAACAACUACCUGAUCUGGAACCUGGUGCAGAAGACAGCCUCCAGCCUGGACCAGCGCUUUGAGACAGCCCAGGAGAGGCUGCUGGAGACACUCUAUGGCACCAGGAAGUCCUGCACACCCCGCUGGCAAACCUGCAUCUCCAACACGGAUGACACGCUGGGCUUCGCCCUGGGCUCCCUCUUCGUCAAAGCCACCUUCGACCGGGACAGCAAGGCCAUUGCUGAGGAGAUGAUUAGCGAGAUCCGGGCAGCCUUUGAGGUGUCCCUGGACCAGCUGGACUGGAUGGAUGAGAAGACCAGGCAGGCUGCAAAGGAGAAGGCCGAUGCCAUCUACGACAUGAUUGGCUUCCCUGACUUCAUUCUAGACAACAAGGAGCUGGAUGAUGUUUAUGAUGGGUACGAGGUCUCUGAGGACUCCUUCUUCCAGAACAUGCUCAACUUCUACAACUUCUCUGCCAAAGUGAUGGCUGACCAGCUCCGGAAACCCCCCAACCGUGACCAGUGGAGCAUGACCCCACAGACUGUCAACGCCUACUAUCUGCCCACCAAGAAUGGGAUCGUCUUCCCCGCUGGCAUCCUGCAGGCCCCCUUCUACGCCCGCAACCACCCCAAAGCCCUUAAUUUUGGCGGCAUUGGCGUGGUGAUGGGGCAUGAGCUGACCCACGCAUUCGAUGACCAAGGAAGGGAGUAUGACAAGGAGGGCAACCUGCGGCCAUGGUGGCAGAACUCCUCCCUCGAGGCCUUCAAGAACCGCACAGCGUGCAUGACGGAGCAGUACGGCCGCUACACUGUCCACAGCGAGAAGGUCAACGGCCGUCAGACACUGGGCGAGAACAUCGCCGACAAUGGUGGGCUCAAGGCAGCCUACAACGCAUACAAGUCCUGGCUGCAGAAGAAUGGGGAGGAGAAGCACCUGCCAGCCCUGGGGCUCACCAACCACCAGCUCUUCUUCGUGGGCUUCGCGCAGGUGUGGUGCUCUGUUCGAACGCCAGAGAGUUCCCACGAAGGGCUGGUGACCGACCCUCACAGCCCCGACAAGUACCGUGUCCUCGGCACCCUCAGCAACUCCCGGGACUUUGUCGAACAUUUCAGCUGCCCCCUGGGCUCUCCCAUGAACCCUGGCAAGCACUGUGAGGUGUGGUAG